UGCAUCUUUAAUGAGGCCACUAAAGAUAAAAGUUUUAAGAAGAAGAAUAAAACUUUCAUUGCAUUUAAAUUGCAUGUAAUGUGUGCCAUUACACGUUAGUAACGAAAAUACCCUCGAAAUGAAAACAUUACAGACUUUUGCUCUAUUGAUUCUGUUGUUCGCAACAAAAACUUAUUCCGAAGAAGUUAUUGGUUCUUAUGGAAUAAAGGAAGGAUCAAUAGGAACCGAAACAAAAGUUCCAAGUGAAGAUUUGAUAGCAAUUUUGGAUGGAAAACCGAAAGAAGAAGGAGUUACCUCAGAAACAACCUUGCCAUCUGAAGAGGCUCCAACGAAAGACACCGAAGUGAGUUCUUACGAUAACUCACAAAAUAAGGAAGAAAUUACAACAAGCAGUCCUGAAAUAGAAGAAUCGAGUUCAAUUGUAUCCGAUUCAGAACCAUCUAAAGAAUAUCAUGUAACUGAAAGCAACAAUCCUUCAGAAUCAGAACCAGCAACAGAAAACGCAGUAGCAAUUGAAAGUAGUAAUCCAUCAGAAGCUGCUCAAGAGGCUGAAAAUUCGGGAGCGACUGAAAGUAGUAAUCCACCAGAAGCUCCUCAAGAAGCUGAACACUCAGAAGCAACGGAAGGCAGCGAUCCGACAAAAGCAGUAACAGAAGCUGCUCAAGAAGCUGAGAAUUCGGCAGCAACUGAAAGUAGUAAUCCACCGGAAGCUCCUCAAGAAGCCGAAAAAACAGAAGCAACUGAAGGUAGUGAUCCAGCUCAAGAAGCUGAAAACUCUGCAGCAACUGAAAGUAGUAAUCCACCAGAAGCUCCUCAACAAGUUGAAAACUCAGAAGCAACUGAAAGUAGUAUUCCACCAGAAGCAGCUCAAGAAGCUGAAAACUCAGAAACAUCUGAAGGUAGUAGUCCACCAGAGGCAGUAACAGAAGCUGCUCAAGAAACUGAGAAUUCGGCAGCAACUGAAAGUAGUAAUCCACCGGAAGCUCCUCAAGAAGCCCAAAAAACAGAAGCAACUGAAGGUAGUGAUCCAGCUCAACAAGCUGAAAACUCGGCAGCAACUGAAAGUAGUAAUACACCAGAAGCAGCUCAGGAAACUGAAAACUCAGAAAAUUCUGAAGGUAGUAGUCCACCAGAAGCAGUAACAGAAGCAGCUCAAGAAGCUGACAACUCGGGAGCUACUGAAAUUAGUAAUCCAUCAAAAGCUGCUGAAGAAGCUGAAAACUCAGAAGCAACUGAAGGUAGUAGUCCACCAGAAGCAAUAACAGAAGCAGCUCAAGAAGCUGAAAACUCAGCAGCAACUGAAAGUAAUAAUAAUCCACCAGAAGCAGGAACAGAAGCUAUUCAAAAAGGUGAAAACUCAGAAGUAACUGAAAGUGGCAAUGCAUCGGAACAAGGUCCUUCUGAAGCCAUAGAAACCAAUAAAGUAAGUACUGAUGCAACUGCAACUGAAGAAGUUGCUCCAUCCGAAGACAAAACCCCUGACACAACAGAAUCCAAUCCAAAUCCAUCUACUGAUGAGUCCACCAAACCCAAUCAACAAGAAGUUUCUGAUGAACCCGAAGCCGAACCAACCUCAGAAGUCCCAUCGACCACAACUAUCGCACCAUGUACUGAAUUGGGUGACUUUGCAAUUCCCACCAACUGCCACAAAUAUAUAUCCUGCUCAGCCAAUGGAACAGAGCUUGUUUUACAAGAACUAGAAUGUCCCGAAAAAUCUGCAUUCAGUCCUGUCCUCCGAAGAUGCACUCGAGAUCUAUCAUCGUGUCCGAAUGAAGAACCAAAUUGUCUCGUCACAAGCAGCAUUCCGAAUCCAAAUGGUGAAAAAAAUUCAUACUUCUGGUGUGUUCCAAGUUUGUUGGGAGGUUUUCAUAAGUUUAAAAUUCAGUGCUCUCCAAAUGAAAUCUUCACACCACUUUUGGGCAGAUGUUGGUUUGAAAAUCUCCAAACUGGUGGUCUAGGUGUUGGAUUAUUAAAUCGUGAACCAAACGAUCGGGACAUAGUUAGAACCGAAUGGAAAAUUAUAAGAAGGGAGAUAAAACUCAUAUCAAGAGAAGAAAAACUUAGAAGAAAGAUGGAGGAGAAGGCUAAAGCUCGAGCAGACAAACUUGCUGCCAAGGCCCUUAAGAAACAAAAGGCAGCAGCAAGAAAAAUCGAAGAUGAUAGUGAAGAAGAAGAAGAUGAUGAUUAAAAGAUGAGAUCUAUCUUUUGAUUAUAAUAAUUUAUCAUGUAAUAAUUUGUUCAAGUAAUUUUUAAAAAUAUAAAAAUAAUAUCAGACCGUACUUUUUUGUCAAAAUGUUUAAAUGCUCAAAGAAAGUAAAAUUAGGAAUCUUUUUUGUUUUGUAAUUAUUUAGAAGAAUAUUAUUUCUUUUUAAUGAAUUGGCUUUCAUAAAAUUACAAA